UUAGGUCUCGAGUGUGCUCAGAAGAGUGGAAAAAAAUGAGGCUGGGACCAAAAGAGAUUGACAAGCUGUUGCUCCAUGAAGCUGGGUUUUUGGCACAAAAGAGACUUGCUCGUGGGUUGCCUCUAAAUUACCCCGAGGCUGUGGCUCUCAUUGCCGCACAGGUUUUGGAGUUCAUCCGGGAAAAUAAGAGUGUGGCCGAGCUCAUGGAUUUGGGAAGACAGCUUUUGGGAAAGAGGCAAGUUCUUCCGGAAGUGGGGCACCUCCUGGAGAUGGUCCAGGUGGAAGGGACAUUUGCGGAUGGGACUAAACUUGUAACUGUUCACCAUCCCAUUGUCAAGGAGAAUGGAGACCUCGCAUUAGCUCUCCAUGGCUCUUUUCUGCCUGUUCCAAGCGUGGAUGUUUUCCCCGAGUUUCAGGAGCAGCCAGCUCCAGGAAUGCUGGUUCUGGCUCCGGGACACAUUUUCAUCAACGCUGGACGAAAGGGUCUCAAGCUUACAGUUUCCAACACUGCCGACAGGCCUAUACAGGUUGGUAGCCACUAUCACUUUGUCGAGACAAACCCGUACCUUGUUUUCGAUCGAGAAAAGUCUUACGGCAUGCGUCUCAACAUACUCGCUGGGACUGCUGUCCGGUUCGAGCCAGGUGAAACUAAGACUGUUGCACUGGUCAGCAUUGGAGGAAACAGCGUUAUCCGCGGAGGAAACGGUAUCGCAGAGGGUCCAGUUGAUUCGUCCCGACUUCCAAAGAUCAUGGAGGAGCUGAGCUUGCGGAAUUUCGGUCACAAGCAACAAAACGAUGCGUUGCCAGUGGAAGAUGCGUCCUGUCCAAUCUCUCGUGAAGUUUACACAAACAUCUUUGGACCAACCACGGGAGACAAGAUCAAACUCGGCGACACCGAGUUGUAUGCGCAGAUCGAGAAAGACUUCACUUUCUACGGGGACGAGUGCAAGUUUGGAGGAGGCAAAGUGAUCCGCGAUGGGAUGGGACAAGGAACCGGCUACAAGGCCGACGAGACGCUCGACACAGUCAUCACAAACGCUGUGGUGAUCGACUACACGGGAAUCUACAAAGCGGACGUAGGCAUCAAGCAUGGUUACAUUUGUGGGAUUGGAAAGGCUGGAAAUCCCGACGUGAUGGACGCGGUAUCGUCCAACAUGAUCGUGGGAGUAAAUACGGAAGUUGUGGCUGGCGAAGGACUUAUUCUCACGGCCGGAGGCAUCGAUUCCCACGUCCAUUUCAUUUGUCCCCAGCUUUCCACUGAAGCCAUUGCGAGUGGAUUGACAACUUUGAUCGGAGGUGGAACCGGACCAGCUCACGGAACUUGUGCAACGACGUGCACCCCUGCUGUCGAUCAAAUGCGGCUCAUGCUACGCUCCACCGAUGAUUUUCCAAUCAACUUUGGCUUCACAGGAAAGGGAAACUCGUCCAAAGUCGAAGGGCUUGACGAUAUAAUUCGAGCUGGAGCUAUAGGACUGAAACUACACGAAGAUUGGGGUACUACUCCAGCUGCGAUUGAUCGCUGCCUCGACGUCGCAGAUAAGUUUGAUAUCCAGGUGACUAUCCACACCGAUACACUAAACGAAUCCGGCUGCGUCGAGCACUCCAUAGCAGCCUUUAAAAACCGGACGAUCCACACUUAUCACAGUGAAGGCGCUGGAGGCGGCCAUGCCCCCGACAUUAUCAAAGUUUGUGGCCUUCCAAACGUUCUACCAUCGUCCACGAAUCCGACCAGGCCUUUCACCAAGAACACGAUCGACGAGCAUCUAGAUAUGCUGAUUGUCUGCCACCACCUGAAUAGAAACAUUCCAGAAGACGUAGCAUUCGCGGAGUCCCGGAUUCGAAACGAGACCAUUGCCGCGGAAGAUAUUCUCCACGACAUGGGAGCUAUCAGUAUGAUGUCUUCGGACUCUCAAGCCAUGGGAAGAAUAGGCGAGGUGAUCACUCGAUCGUGGCAGACUGCGCAUAAGAUGAAGCUGCAAAGGGGGCCUUUGCCGGAAGAUCGUGAAAACAACAACGACAACUUCCGAGUGAGACGUUUCAUCGCGAAAUACACCAUCAAUCCCGCAGUGGCACACGGUGUGUCUCACAUUGUUGGCUCCAUCGAGGUUGGAAAGCUCGCAGACUUGGUGCUAUGGAAGCCAGGCUUUUUCGGAGCUAAACCGGAGCUCGUUAUUAAAGGUGGCGACGUUGCUUGGGCGCAAAUGGGAGAUGCCAAUGCCAGCAUCCCAACUCCAGAACCGGUUAUAAUGAGACCAAUGUUUGCAGCGUGUGGCAAAGCUGCUAGCUCGUCUUCCAUUGCAUUUGUGAGCAAAGCUGCUAAAGACUUGAAUGUAGGCCAAGCUUAUGGCCUCACUAAAAGGAUCGAAGCAGUGAAAAACGUAAGGAAUCUAAGCAAAGCGGACAUGAAACUCAACAGCGAGACGCCUUGCAUCGAAGUGGACCCGGAGAGCUAUGAGGUCACUGCCGAUAACAUUCCACUGGUAUGCUCCCCAGCGGAAAAACUCCCACUUGCCACAAAUUACUUCCUCUUCUAGCCAUAGUGUUAUUUAUAGUACACUCAGCCUUUCUGCUCGAGCAGCGAACAAAGAAAGCCCAAGCUUGAAUUAUCAUGUACAAGAAUCUCAAAUGAUAGCACAAUGUUGUUCUGGUGCCA